CAACUUUUGAGAGCCAUGCCCAUAUGUAAAGACCAAAUCAACACCUGAUGCAUCGUACAGAGUCCCUACAUUCCUUCUUUUUCAAUAGUCUGUUUCAGUCAAAUGAACUCACAACAGAAAAGAGGUGUUACAGUACUUCCACUUCAUCGCAACUUUAAUUUCUUUUCCAGUCCUUAUAUCAGAUUAGAAUGCUUUCUGUAUAAUAUAACAUACCAAACUAAUCACAAUAUGAUAAUAUAAGCCUGGAUUAGAAUAAUAUGAAAUAACAAACAUUGGAUAUCUGAUCAAAUAAACUACGCUCACUGUAGAAUAUCCGGGGCAUUUGUUUGCAACCCUUAAUUUCUGCCCCUGUGGUAGGCAUGUUGCUGAUGAUGAGUAAUAAAGAUGAAUUUGGUAAAAAAAAAAAAAAAAAAAAAAAAAAAACUUCUGGAAAAUCUAACACUUGAUAAGAAUAAAACAAUGAUGAUUCUUACUGACCUUUAUCUCUGAAACAUUUUCCAGAGAAUGCAGCAGUAUUGGGCAACACUAAUCAGUCAUCAAAUUACAAUUCAGUCUCUGGAUCUCAAUUGGCUCUUGAUGGAUUGAUAAAUACCUGGACCCAGACUAAUGAAGAGGACAACCCGUGGUGGAGAGUGGAUCUACUGAAAGUAUACAGAGUGAACAGAGUCACCAUCACUAAUAGUCUGAUUAAUGCCUCGAGGAUUAACGGGACGGUGAUUCGUAUCGGGAACUUCCUUGACAUUUACAAAAACACAAUAUGUGCUGUAAUUUCUACUCUUGCGGGUGGUGCCAUGGCCACUUUCUCAUGCUGUGGGAUGGAGGGACGUUAUAUGGUUGUUCAUAUUCCUGGAGAUCAGAAGAUUCUUAGUCUUAGUGAAAUUGGAGUCUAUGGGUAUUUAGCAGGAAAUCUGGCAGUGGAUGGAGCCGCUACACAGUCAUCAACAUUUCCGGGCUGGUUUGCUGAAAAGGCCAUUGACAGUAAUCGAGGUCUCCAGCAGUUGAAUACAGGAUGCUCCUCAACCCUUAAUGAGACUAAUCCAUGGUGGAGGCUGGAUCUACGUAAAGUGUACAGAAUUAGUGAAGUGGUCAUCACUUACAGAAAAAACUGCUGCACAGAACUAAUAAACGGAACAGAGAUUCGCAUCGGGAACUCUUUGGAGAACAAUGGCAACAAAAAUCCAAUAUGUGCUGUUAUUCCUGCUAUUCCAGCUGGUGAGUCCUACAGAUACUUAUGUAAUGGGAUGGAUGGACGUUACGUGAAUCUGAUCAUUCCUGGAGACAUGAAGACACUCACUCUGUGUGAGGUGGAGGUUUAUGGAGAAGGUCCCGUUUUAAAAAGAUCAUUUGUAAAGAUGCAGUUUAACACCAGAUUUGAUUUAACUGACCCUUCAGCGAGAGAAAAUGUUCUGAAGCAGUUGGGAUCUGCUCUGGCUGAUAGAGGAUUCACAAACGUGACUCUACGUUGGUCUCAAACCCCAAAAAGGGUGAUCCAGAAGUUGAAUGCUGGUUAAAGUCAUUAUGGCGAUGGAAAAUAACACACUGGAAAUGUUGGAAGUCUUUAUUUCACUAAAUUUAUUUUUGUUAAAGACGUUAAUUCUGAUUCUAAAUGCAUCGCCUUGAAGUUCUUUAUAAUUAUGCUUACAAUGAAAAGAUUAUAUAAUUAAUUUCUGUUUACUUUCCUUUUAGUGUUUAUUCACAUAUUUAAGAAUUUAAAUGCAUCUAUUGCAUAACUGUGUAUUGUAAACAAUGAAAAUAUUAUAGAUAUAAUUGAGCUAGUACAAUAUAGAGCUUGCAUAUAAAAAGGUAUUCUUUCCCACUGAACUCUUAAAUCUACUAAGAUAAAUAUCAUUGCUACAUGACACACAUCUCAUGCAAACACAUAAUUCUCUGCCAGAUACCUUGAAACACAAUUUUGUAUUAUUUUAAACACCAACACCAAUUUAAAAAAAAGAUUACCCUUUUUUUUUCAACUUUCAAAAAACUUUAAUCAAUGUUAAACUACGCCCCUGUACACAGCAAACAUAACUAUUCAUCAAUUAAACAACAAACAGACACAAAACAACUCAAUGAUUUUGCAGUUUUAGAUGUGUGCAAUCUCUCAACCUUUAAAAUCAGAUAGAUAUAUAGAAUCAGAUAGAAUUUAAUUCUGGUCAAUCAAAGAAGCAGUAACUUAAGUGCAAUUUCAUUUUCUUUCCAGUUUUGCAGUAAAUCUGUUUGAACCACAGUAAAUCCUAGGGUGAUUCAACUCCAAAACCUAAGAAUAUCCAUAUAAGAAAGCCAGAUAAAUUUAGUUAGUUAAAGGCCCUCAGCUCGAUUUCAAGCCAUAGCCACUUGAUGGAUAAAUGAUCUAUAAGAAGAUCGAUCUUGUGCAAGUUGGUUGACCUCGGUCAGUGAUUGUCAUUGCGGUGAUUGUAUCGAGCCAUCAAGUUGCUGGCAUUCCUCAUUUCCUUUUCCAGUGAAUGAUGUUUUCUUAUGAUGUGGCCAAAGUAGGCGAUAAUCGUAAUUGUGUAAUCUGAGAUUCGAGUGAUAUUGCCAGCUUGAUUUGUUCCAAGACUGAUUUGUUUGUCCUUCUUGUGGUCCAUGGGAUUGAUCAAAUUCGUCUCCAGCACCACAUUUCAAAUGCAUUGAUCCCUAGGUGACUACGGAAAAGAUCAAACUAUGCAUAAGUCGAAUCUUGAUUGACAGGGAGAUGUCCUUAGAUUUAAAAACCUUGUCCAGUGACUUCAUCGUCGACUUUCCCAUUGUGAUUCUCCGCUUGACCUCCAUGAUUGAUGUGGCCUCUGUAUUUACUAUUGAUCCAAGUAGACUGAAGUCAUUAACAACUUCUAUUUCAUUAGAUAUUAAUUUCUGUACUAAUUAUUUUUACUUUCUGGUGUUGAGAAAAGAGAGAAAGCAUCAAAGAAAAUGCACACAAUCUUCAUUGGUUAUCAUUCAGUUUGUCGUCACUUGGCCGAUUUAGAAAGGGAAAGGGACAAUCGUAUUUCCUUAUCCACCUUUUUCCAACACCCCAUGACGAAUUAAAGGAGUAACUUACAUUUGUACUGUAAACAAUCAGCAGAAAGAUUCACUCCAUGAAUGUGAUAAUAAGCAUUUGAAAAAACUAGGUACAAUGAGGUGACAUUAUUUUACUCACCCUUCAACCAUCGAUCAUUAAAAGAGAAUUUAAAAGUGUAAAAGCAUUAAAGGUAUAGUUCACCCAAAAAAUUCUGUCAUUAAUUACUCACACUCAUGUUGUUCCAAACAAGACCUUUGUUCAUCUUCGGAACACAAAUUAAGAUAUUUUUGAUGGAAUCUGAGAGCUGUCUGACCCUCCAUAGACAGCAAGAAUAUUACGAUAAACGCACUGAAACAUAUUCAACCAUAAUUUUACGAAGCUACGAGAAUACUUUUUAGUAUUGUAGACAACGCGCACAUGCUGAACAUAAACAACGCUGAUUACACUGAUAACGUUUUGGGGUACUCUCCAAAAUGGCAGAAGAUGGUACC